AUGGCCGAUCGAAUAUCCGCGCUUGAAGCCGAGCGCGCCUCUCUCGAAGCCCAACUCCCUCCCGCCAAGUCCCCCCUUCCCCCCUCCAACAAGGCGCCGCCCCCGACCGCCGCCGCCACCACCAGCGCAGAGACGGCGCAGCUCCGGCAGGACAUCGCCGAGGCGCUGCGCUCCAAGGGCACCACCGAGGCGCGCCUGCGCGCCGCCGAGGAGGAACUCACCCGGCUGCGCGCGCGCACCGCCGACGACGCGCGCUCCGUCCGCCAGCUGACCGCCGACCGCACCGCGCUGACGACGCGGCUCAAGGACCGCGAGUACGAGCUUCGCGAAAAGCGCAAGCUUCUCGAGCAAGUACAAGACGAAAUGAUCACGCUCAACCUGCAAGUCUCCAUCGCGGAAAAGGAGAGGGACAAGGUCAGGAAGGAGAACAAGGAACUGGUUGAUCGCUGGAUGAAGCGCAUGGCGCAAGAGGCAGACGCCAUGAACCUCGCCAACGAGCCGACGAGCAGAUGA